GUGUGUGCUCCGGUUCCGUCAUUGUUCGUCCGCGUGCCGUAACGUAACAUGACAUAUUUCAUACAGUUGUUAGUUUAAGAUCUUAACAGCACAUCACGUACUGCGUGUACUAAAUAUUAUUUUUGUUUACCGAAAUUGAGAGAAUUCCUCAAUUCUAGCGUAUGUUCAUUAAAUAUCGCAUUCAUGGAACUAUUUUGAACAGCGCACGAAUAUGUUACCCUACGUCAUCUUUUUUCAAUGGGAAGCCAUGAUGGAAGUUUGAGAGUUGAACGGGGGAGAGGAGAAGCGGAGGAAGUGGAUCUGGACUGAAGAGUGUACUGAAUUGGUCCUGCGCGACAUUUAAAUAUAACGUUUUUAAUUUCUUGGUGGAGGCUGUCACCUUUCAUUUCACGUGUUGGAACUUAAACUUCGCGGAUGGUUGAAAUUUUCGAUGGCUUUUAUAUUUUUAAGAAUGUGUAGACGAGCUAGCGCGCUAGCCGCUGAAGCUAGCAGCUAGUCGGAGGGUCUCACAGACGGAGCGCGAGUCGAGCGCAAGCGGGGCUCCGUCAACCCUUCUUGAAGUCCAAGCGCCCGGAGAGGAUCGUCUCUCCGCCUUUCUGCUCCACCACGGCGGCUACGGUGAGACCAGAGACUUGCCGUGCAUUUGAAACACUGCGGUUCGCGACUUGGGGAGUUACUUGUCUUUUCACCUGGGGCUCGUCUGAGCAGCGGACGGCAUUUUGGAAGCCGGGCCUGUGGUGGUUUGGAGCGAGGCCCUUGAUGAGAGAGCCACAGCAGACUCCAUUCUAGUUAGCAGGUGAGCUAGCUGGCGACUGAAAGGACUGCUAAACGAGCAGCUCAUAAAGGCCACCGAUCGCGCAAAAAGCAACAAUACUCUCUCUCACACUAAAUACGUUAAAGACUCCUGUCACAGCCAUGGCUGGGAUCAUAAAGGAAUUUGUCAGCCGAAACAAAAGGAGAUACCAGGAAGACGGGUUCGACUUGGACUUGACCUAUAUUUAUCCGAAUAUCAUAGCGAUGGGGUUUCCGGCCGAAAGGCUAGAGGGUGUCUACCGAAAUAACAUAGAUGAUGUCGUCCGAUUUCUCGAUUCAAAGCAUAAAAAUCAUUACAAAAUAUAUAAUCUAUGUGCAGAAAGACAUUAUGAUGCUACCAAAUUUAAUUGCAGAGUUGCACAGUAUCCGUUCGAGGACCACAAUCCUCCUCAGCUAGAGCUUAUCAAACCUUUCUGUGAAGAUUUGGAUAAGUGGCUCAGUGAAAACGACAAUCACGUAGCUGCCAUUCAUUGCAAAGCUGGAAAGGGGCGUACGGGUGUCAUGAUUUGCGCGUACUUGUUACACCGAGGCAAAUUCAAAAAAGCACAAGAGGCUCUGGAUUUCUACGGUGAAGUUAGGACCAGAGACAAGAAGGGAGUGACUAUUCCCAGUCAGAGGCGAUAUGUGUACUACUACAGCCACCUUCUGAAGAAUAAGUUGGAUUACAAACCUGUGGCCUUGCUCUUUCACAAGAUGGUGUUCGAGACAGUGCCCAUGUUCAGCGGAGGAACAUGCAGGGAUACUGCUGUAAAAAGCAAGAGCGAGCAGAUUCCACAUGGGUUCAGAAAAACCAAUUGGCAUUGGGAUCCUCAGUUUGUGGUGUACCAGCUAAAGGUGAAGAUCCACACGUCCAACCCAACACACACGAGGAGAGAAGAGAAAUACAUCUUCUUUGAGUUUCCACAGCCGCUGCCUGUGUGUGGAGACAUCAAGGUGGAGUUCUUCCACAAGCAGAACAAGAUGAUGAAAAAGGAAAAGAUGUUUCACUUUUGGGUGAACACCUUCUUCAUCCCUGGACCAGAGGAAGGCUCUGAGAAGGUGGAAAACGGAGGUUUAGUGAAGGAACUGGAUGGGAUCCAGACCACAGAACGGGGAGAGAAUGAAAAGGAUUAUCUAAUCCUGACUUUAACCAAGAAUGACUUGGAUAAGGCCAAUAAGGAUAAAGCCAACAGAUACUUCUCUCCAAAUUUCAAGGUGAAGCUUUACUUCACGAAAACAGUGGAGGAACCAUCCAACUCGGAGGCCAGCACUUCUACAUCUGUAACCCCGGAUGUUAGCGAUAAUGAACCGGACCAUUAUAGAUAUUCUGACACAACGGACUCGGACCCAGAAAAUGAACAAUUUGACGACGAGCAGAUUACGAAAGUUUGAAAUAUUUUUAUGGGAAGAAAAGACAUGCGUCAUAGAGUUGUAUAAAGGAUAAAACUUGAAUACGAACUGAAAGCAAGUACAUUUUUCCAAACAGAAGUAGGACACACGUCACCGGUUUUAGGGACAAAAUGCUGACCAAUUCUUUUUUUUUUGUCCGUUCACCCCCUUCUCCAUGAAGUAUCAACACUGAUGUUCCGUGGAAAACGUGUCAGUAGCUAUUAUGUAAAUACAUUUUCAUGCCGUAACGAAAGAGAAAACCCAUUCUGGAUGGGAGAUCGUUUAUGGGAGAAUUCAGUGGAGGUCGAAAUUUGCUGCUCCCCAUCACCUGUCGAAACCGAGGCCAGUGCUUAAAUCAACCUCCUUCAUGCCCUCAUGUCUGUGCUUAUCUACCUACUGUGAAGUUUCUCCUCAUGCUGUUGAAACGCCAGCAUGUUUCAUUUGGGUUGUUCAGUGGAAACUUACAACGUUUGUCUGUCUGGAUUCAUCAUUAUUACUACAGUGCUAAUGAUUCUUCUACAGUAAGCUACACAAUAUGUAUUAUUGUCAUUUUCCUUUCUUUUUUUAAUGCAAAUACACACAAACAACAUGGAAACCAGUGUUGCAAUAAUGUUAACACUAUAGCUCAUCAAAGAAGGUGUGCAUGUUAUUGGAAUCCAUAUUGUCUAAUAAAUGCUAUACAAUGUUUUUCUAAAAGUGGUUUUUGAAGGAAGUCAUUGCCAUCCUACGUCCUCCUUACGGCUUCUGCAUAAGAGAUUUGAAUCUGUAAACGGUCACUUCAUUUUAUUAUUCAUAACUUCCCCUUGUCCGCUGGCACUUGUUUAAAUCCACAGGAUUUGUUUUCAGUUCCUAACAGUUAACGAUCUGAGCUCAGUCAUAAGACUUGCGUUAGGGUAGCUAGCCGCACUUCGCUACACCUAGCGUAGAAGCAAAGUGAUGCCAUGCCAACCGGUUGCUUGGAUUACAGCAUUUCGUGUAUGGCAUGCAAACCUAGAAAAGCCCUUGAAUGUAUCAACCUUGGAUGCAAGUUUUGAUUUUGUUCGACAGCGUUCGCAAACGUUCAGCCUUGGUUCCCUAAAUCGUGUUUGUAGCCUUAUAGUACGUGAUCUAAUGAAAUCUGGAUCAUGCGUUUAUCCAGCAAAGGUGCUUACAAGCUGCAGAUGUAUAGUCAAUUCGGUGCGAAUCUCAUGGUGCAUUUAAACGCACUUCGGUGCGUGUUCGUAACUGUUAGCGGCACUUACGUGCAUAACCGAUAGUCUUCAACUCCAAUCUGAUGUCCCUGACUAGUUAAGAGUUCAUGUGUUUUAUUUCAUACCUCGUUCUGUUUGGAUGGAAACAACAUAGUGCAGCUACAGAUCCUGUGCUUGCUUCGGAAAUAUUAAAGCCCUAUAUAUGAGAAUAUUUAAAUGUAUAAUUUACUUUUAAGCAUGCCAAAUCUUUUUUUAGCACAUCUGGCUGAUGAGGUCAGGCGAAAAAUAAAAAGACAAAAAACUUUCUCAGUCUCUUGGGCAAGAAUCUUUACCGAGGGUAGUGAGUAAGCUGCCUUUUUUCUGUACUGUUAGCAUUCAGGCUUCACACUAGUCACCAGCCCACCGCACAUCUCACCUUCCUUAGAGAUAGAAUACAAAUCCCAGAUGUGAGGAGUAAACUCGGCCUUCAUACAUGUGAUUGUACACUAACCAAUCCAGGAAAAAAAAACUUUCUUUUUUGUUUACAUUUCAGAUCACUGAAAACCUGCCAAAUUAAGCUUGAUGAUUUUUUUUUUUUUUUUUUUAGUAGAGGCGGGGCUCACGGGAGGUAUUCUUUGCUUUACUUGAAGUUGACAAUGCUUACUCUUCUACUGCUUUGAUACCCUACCAUUCUGCCCAAGCACUGACUUAUUUAAAGCUACUAUACAAGAGCAACAUAUUGUACUAGACAUGUGCACUGUUACAGGUUUUUGCAGGGUUUCAGUCAGCGGUCCACAGUAUUUUUAUUUCUAGUCGGUUUAUUUUUUUACGGAAAUGCUCGCAGCAAUCAGACGUACGAGAGCGGGGAAGAAAAAGUCUUUGUGUCCAUUUACUUUUGUCGCUGUGCAUCAACAUAGACUCAAAUGUGUUAUUGACUGAAAAUGUUUUUAGGUUUUUUUAAGAAAGCAUAAAAUAGAAAAAAUAAAUAAUGCAACUAUUUAUGAAAGUAUUCAGUCACUUUCCGACAGAGAUCUUCUGCAGAUUUUCCGUUAUCGUAGUCCUCCCUAACACAUGCACAUGACUUCUUUGGGAUGUUUAGCGCUUUAAUGUGUGACUACCCGAUCUCGCAUUAAUCCUUAAGGCCAUUUCUGCCACACGAGACAGUACCUUAACAUGCAAAACCUCGGACAUCCUUUACGUGGCACGGGUGUGUGGAGCUCACAGGCAGCAUCAGAAAUUCAUUUCAGGUUUAAUGAAAAACAAGGAAGUCUUCAAAGGUGCCAGUGUAUAUGUUUCACGUCACUCUUUCUUAGCCGAUUCGUGCAAUAUGUUGUAUGCCUGUGGUUGCCACAAAGUGCCUCAUGUUUACAGAAGAAUAAAAGUGCUUGCUUUAGAAAUCGUGGUAGUACAUAACGUCAUGCAUGCGGAUGGAUGGGGUGGUACUGUGCACUAAAUCGUCCGGCAGCAGGGGCCCUUUGGACUUCGGUCAUGCUCCAUUUGAACCCAUUCUCUCCCCCCACCAAUGCCCCAGAGGUUUCUUAUAAUGUAAACUCGGUAUAUUUUCAGUCUUUGAGAAAGCAGCCUUACUCCAUUUUAAGCCUGUUCAGAUACUAUUGUGCUGUGCAACAGUUGCUCUGUGUGUGAUUGCCUAUGCACUGAGUACACAAACCAACCAUGUAUGAAAUAUUGUACAGGUAAUCAUGUUGCUCAUACAAAUGACAUGUUUGUUUGUAAUUGUAUGUGUAAACUGCCCUUUAUCUUAGUGUUAUAAACUCCACAUAAAUCCAAUAAAGUCUCAUUCUUGUCA